AUGGAUAGCAUAUUAAGAUCAUGGCCUGCACAUAUUUCAGUGGUGGCUUCGUUAGUUAAAUACGGAGUGUAUAAGAUCCAAGAUGUUGUAAUAAAAAGCGUAGCAAAGAAAACAAUAGACCCAUAUAUAGAGAAUGUUAUAGUAGAGCCAUUUAUUGAAUAUGCAAAAAAAUCACAUGUAGUAAAUAGCAUUGUAAGCUCAAUAGGAUCAAAUGUAUUAAUUCAGGACACUUUGCUAGCAGGAGCCAGCGUGUUUGACACCAUAGGUUUAUCUAUAGAGAAAAAAGUAGAAUCAGCAACAAGCAUUGCCAAGUGGGGCUUGAAAGGAGCUAGUGGUUCAUGCCAUCUUCUAAAGAGCACGCUUAUAAUCCUGCCAUUUUUCCUAGUUCUCUACUAUGCAAUGGUAAAUACAAUUUUGGCCCGGCAGGUAUAUAAAAACAAAAAGCUUGUAACAUUCAUAUCGCUUUUGACAGGAACGGUUAUGCUUGCUGUUCUGGCAAGCAAUUUCUAUAUCAUGUAUAGCAAGCAAAUAUUGAGAUUUAUUGCGCCAAAAAUCCUGGAUGCUCCACUUCUGCUAGCAAUGAACAUACUAAUCUUCUAUGUAUAUGGUGGGUUUGAAAUAAUAACUCUUCUACAAAUAAUUCACACAAGGAAAAAAGAAAAUGAAAGCUAUUUUAUGCAUGCUAUGCAUGCUAUAAUGCUUGGGUUGGCGCUAGUAGCUAUUACAGGAUAUGUCGGGUCAGUGCUAAAUCUUUACUUUGGCUUCUUUCGCUAUUUUUCAGCUGCAUUUUCAACUGUUUAA